AUGAAAACCCUUGUCCUUAACGUUAUCUUUGUAUUGUUCCUAGUAUGGAAAUAUAAUUAUUCCUUCGCUGCAAACUCCUCUAUGAAAAGCCAAAUGAGUGCGCAAAAUAUGCCUCAAGUUUUAGCGCAGCAACGAUUUGGAAGGAUAAUGGCAGAGACGCAUGUAAAUCAACCAUAUAAGGAAGAUUUUUCUAUAGGCACAAAAGCUGAACAAAAUAGUUUAUAUAACACUAAAUCGGAUGAUACCAAUGUAUACAGUGAUGAAUUGAAAGCAUUGUUUACCAAAGUAUCAUCAAUAUGGAAAGAAUCAAUUGAAGAUAUGGAGGAGGAAUAUUAUGAAAAAACACAACAAGUUGAAAAAUCGUGGAGGGAAAAUAUAUGGAAUAAUAAAUGGGCGAAAUACCUAGAACAUGUACAUAACACCAUUCAAAAGAAGCUGAACGAUUUGAGUAACACACCACAUGAUACUGAAGUUGAUAUAGCAUUUAUGCUAUCCUACGUUUAUAAAGUCUUUGAAAUGUUUAUAGAAGAGGUUAUUGAAGAUGCGAAGAAGCAAGCUAAAAUGUAA